CUUGCUUCCUCUUCCUCCUCCGCUUUCCUCCCCCAAAGCAGCAAAGCCAGCCUGGUUCCCCAAACACCCACAGCCACCACCUCCUUCUUCCCUCUCCUCCAUAAUGGCCCAAGAAGCCAUUGCUCCCAACGAUCCUUCCUAACUGUCUGUCAUACACAUUCCAAGCAACGGCGAUGCUGAGCUCCUUCGGCAGCGGCGACCAUCCGAGCUCGCCACAGAAGCAUGGCAGAUGUGACGAGCAAGAAGGCCAAGAUGGGUUCCGGGGGAUAGCAGGGGCUUCGCCACCACCACCUCCCUCUUGCUCCUUUCUUGGAUCCACCGGCUUUCCUGGGACGCAGAUGCUAAGCUUCUCCAAUGAUGCAGCGGGAUUGGGUUUGAGCUCUGGGGCAAGCAUGCAGGGUUUUUUUGCAAGGGUCAGGGGUCCAUUUACCCCAACACAGUGGAUGGAGCUUGAACACCAGGCCCUGAUCUACAAACACAUAGCUGCAAAUGCUCCUGUCCCGUCCAGUCUGCUUCACCCCAUCAGAAGGAGCAUACAUCCAUGGGUAGGAUGGGAGCCAUUUUGUCCUGGCAGUGCUGAUGUAGAACCUGGGAGAUGCCGCCGCACAGACGGCAAGAAGUGGCGGUGCUCCAGAGAUUCAGUUGGAGACCAAAAGUACUGCGAGCGGCACAUAAACCGUGGUCGCCAACGUUCAAGAAAGCAUGUGGAAGGCCGAAAGGUGGCACCCACCAUUGAAGAACCAGCUAUGGUUGUUUCUGGUGGUGUAUCAUCACACAGCCAGGCCAUGGCUUGGCAGCAGCAGGUGAAAAACUUAGCUGCUAAUGUGACUGAUCCUUUCUCAAGACAGUCCAACAGAGAACUGCUGGAGAAGCAGAAUACCGUCGAGCAAUCAUUAGUAUCCGCUCCAAUGGAUUCCUUUGACUUCUCAUCACAACAUUCUUCUUCAAAUUGCGAUGAAGUGGCAUUUUUACCACUCAAGUUGCACCAUGAUCUUGAUCAGGCUUACGUUCCACACGGAGCAUGCAGUUCAUCAGAAAAAGGUAAUAGGGCCCAGGAAACUUGGUCGCCAGUAACUAAGGAAACACUUGACGACGGACCUCUAGGUGAGGUUUUCAGAAGCAAGAGUUGCCAAUCAGCUUAUGGUACAUCUUAACUGGCGAAAUUGAUUGGGAGGGGAAGUUAGAUUCUCCAACUGGGAUCCUGCAGUUGACUACUCAAUUUAGUCCUGUAUCCAGCAGCAACACUAUGAACAUUGGCCUGCACAAU